GGCAUCACUCUUGAUGAAUAUUACAAGCACCAUAACUGCUGGAAUUGCCAUAAUUCUACAUAGCUUUGAUUUCGUUUUCUCAAUAUACCCUUAUUACCGCUGCAGUUAUGGUCAAGUCUAUGAUGACUAUCUUGAUUGUCAGAGGAAUAAGUCAAUGUUCUUGGUCUGUAUAGCCCUUUUCAUAUACUACAAAUGCAGUCUGUAACAUAUGUGAUGGGAUCAUUUUGAGCAGUCCUGCAGCCAUUAGGUUCUAUUUCAGCUUCAUAUGUUUUGUUUUCCCCUGCCUCAGAGCAGGUCACGGGGGAUUGCUGGAGUGAUGCUGGUGUUGUCAUUACUGGAGUUCAUUGUCUCCAUAUGUGUGUCUGCGUUUGCCUGCAAAGCCACCUGCUCUUCCAACAAUGACCAGGUUGUUUACGUUUCAAGCCAGGUGCCCCCCUCUUUUCCCACCUCCCACCCGUCAGCACCUCCACAGGGUACACAGAUGCCUUUGCUCCCAACCAGUGUGGUAGUUCCUCCUCUUCAUAUCUUCAGUGCUGAUGGUUGCAGAAGAGGCAAACCUCAAGAUCUGCCCCCAGAAUACACCACAGAAGUGUCUGCACCUCCACUCCACGCCUCUGAGAUGCCUCUUUUCCCAACCAGUGUGGCUCCACCUUUUCAUCUUAGCAGCAUUGAUGGCCUGAGGAUUGGCCAACCUGACGAUCCGCCCCCAGCAUACUACACUACCCAAGAAUGAGUCAUGUGACUACAUGUAACAGGGGAGACGUUGGGUCUCCAGCAAAUGGCAACUCAAUGAAUUUGGGUCCUAAUUAAAUUCUCAGUGAGUAUUGAGUAAGGCUGAAUAAGUAAAGUCUAGUAAAUAAAUCCUCAAGGCUUUUAGCAUGCACUGAGUCACUUCUUUGACUUCCAUGUCUUUGAAUUGAAUGCAAUUAUAGACGAGAGGAGAGCACAUCAUGCAUAACUUUCUUGAACAUUUGUUAAAUGAUUAUAAAUAAUAAAAAAAUGUACCCAAGUUUAUGUGUCAGGUACUUUAUGUUUGUUAUGUUCAAUAGAGCUGAU